AUGCCUCUGUCCGACUAUAUCACAAGUCCGACAUCUUUUGCAACCCGCCAGCUGCUUGGUACCUUGGCCAGUCGAGAUCAGCAAUCUCUCAAUGGCCACAUCGAUGGCGCGAUCCAAGUUCUGUCUGCGGGCGGUCGACAUUCCUCGCAUCCAGACUUCCUUCACUUGACCCUACUCGUGUUUGAAGCCGUGUUGGAGGUGGUGUGUGUCAGUCUACCGGGUUACAUCGUCGCGAGACAGGGCGCUUUCGAUGCGGAAUCGCAGAAAUUCCUUGCCAACCUCAACGUCGUCCUUUUCACGCCAUGCCUUAUCUUCACCAAACUUGCCUCUCAGCUGACGGCAGAGAAGCUGGCCGAUCUCGCAAUCAUUCCCGUCAUCUUUGUUGUUCAGACCAUCGUCUCGUACAUCUGCGCCUGGAUCAUCUCAAAGACCAUGGGAUUCCGCAAGAGGCAAACAAAUUUCGUCAUUGCUAUGGGUGUCUUCGGCAAUUCCAACUCCCUGCCCAUCUCCCUCGUCCUGGCAUUAUCAAAGACCUUGAAGGGCUUGCAUUGGGAUAAAAUCCCACAUGACAAUGACAACGAUGUUGCGGCUCGAGGUAUUCUCUAUCUGCUUGUGUUCCAACAGCUUGGACAAUUACUUCGUUGGAGCUGGGGUUACAACGUCCUGCUGGCACCGCCUGAGACAUACACAAUUGAAGAAGGUGGCACGAAGCAGCCGGAUGCUGCAGAACGAGGGCGUGGAGAAUAUCGCGAUAGCGUCGACAGCGAUCAUGAACAACGAAGACUACUCAGUCCCAGCUAUGACGGUCCUUAUUCCAGUGACGAUUUUGAAGAAGAUGCCACUAGAGUUGGGACCGAAUCACCCACCAUGUCAAAGUCUGAUGGGUUCAAAACCCCUCGCACUCCAAUCAACCCAUCGGCUGGCACUUCCAGAAAUUCGUCGCAUCAAAAUCUCAACGGUUAUGCAACGACGCCUGAUGCCAUGGCAACUCCCACUAAUGGCAUGGUCGCUCCCCACGCUCACAUCGACAUUCACAAAUGGUUGAGAGACCCCGAGAAUCGAAAGUAUGAUGAGGAAUGUGGUGGCGUCGAAGCUUAUAUUAACAAGGCGAGGAACGGAAUCAGAAGAUUCUUUUUGAGACUAGGCCAUUUCUUCAGCUCGACGUCGAACAAGGCCUUCCAGUUACUUCCCAAGGUCGUACAGAAAGGCCUAUCCACGAUUUCAGCCAAAAUACGGGCAUUCUUCCAUGGCCUCGCUGAGUUCAUGAACCCGCCUCUGUGGGCGAUGCUUGUGGCCGUCACAGUCGCCAGUGUUCCCAAACUUCAACACCUGUUCUUCGACCAGGGAACAUUUCUCCGCAACUCUGUCACGCGUGCAGUGGAACAAAGUGGUGGUGUCGCAGUUCCUCUCAUUCUGGUUGUUCUUGGUGGAAACUUGGCCAGGAACACUAUUCCACGCGAUCCGGCUGCUGCUACGACAGACCCGAAGGAGGAAAAGAAACUUCUGAUUGCAUCUCUCGUUGCUCGGAUGCUUUUCCCUACCAUCGUCAUGGCUCCAUUCAUUGCCCUUCUCGCCAAGUAUCUUUCGAUAUCCAUUCUGGAAGACAAGAUCUUCAUCAUUGUCUGCUUCCUACUGUCCGGAGCGCCAAGCGCAUUGCAACUGACCCAGAUUUCGGCACAGAACAACGUCUUCCCAGGACUGAUGAGUCGGAUCUUGUUCCAAAGCUAUGUCGUUUGGAUUCUCCCGUCGACCUUACUUCUGGUCAUGUUGGCGUUGGAAACGGUAGAAUGGACAAAACUGUAA